AUGAAGUCCUGGCUACCAAUUGCCCCACGAUCUCACUUCUCGCUCCAAAACAUCCCUUUCGGGGUGAUAUCCAGCAACGAAAAGCCGCAGCAUCGCCCGGCUGUUGCUAUUGGGGAUCACGUUCUUGACCUAGAUGCAUUUGCUCAAGGUGGUGGCUUCAGCAAAGCGCCUACGCUAUCGACAGAUCAGUUGAAAGUCUUUUCGCAGCCUACCCUCAACUCAUUUGCGGAAUUGGGACGACCAGUACAUCGACUCGUCCGGUUGUACUUGCAAGAGAUCUUUCAGGACACCACCCCCCACCCAGAUAUCCUGAAAGACAACGAUGCCCUGAAAAAGUCGGCUUUACGUCCUGCAUCGGAAGUAUCCUUGCAUUUGCCGUUUGCAAUAGGAGAUUAUACCGACUUUUUCGCCGGGCGCAAUCAUGCACAUAACGUCGGCACCCUAUUUCGCGGAGCGGCCAAUGCACUGCAGCCAAACUACAGUCACCUGCCGGUCGCUUAUCACGGCCGAGCCAGUUCUGUCGUAGUCUCCGGCACCCCGCUCCGGAGGCCGUGGGGCCAGGCCCUGCCAGCACCCGGCGCCACCGAACCGGUCUUCCGGCCAUGUGCGCGUCUCGAUAUUGAGCUUGAGAUGGGCAUGUUCAUCUGCAAGCCGAACAAUCUCGGAAGUCCAGUCCCUGUCAAUGAGGCUGAGGAGUACAUCUUCGGAUAUGUUUUGAUGAACGACUGGAGCGCAAGAGACAUUCAGCAAUGGGAAUACGUUCCCCUUGGCCCAUUCAAUGCGAAGAAUUUCGGUACCUCAAUCAGCCCGUGGGUGGUCCUUGCUGAUGCGCUGGAACCCUUCCGAACGAAGGGACUGCAGAAUGAUGUGCAGCUGCAAUCAUAUUUGCGAGAAGACCGAACUGAAAAUGUUAUGGACAUCAACCUUGAGGUUUCCUUGUCUGAACAAAUAGGCGUGGAAAGUAUUGGUAACGGCGAAUUCAUUUCUCAGACGUUACCCAUACGCAUGGCCAAUGCUAGACCUGUCGCUUAUGGUGGAUGCUCCCUCUCUGUCGCUUUGUUGGUCAUUUUCAUGGGCCCGCCUCCCCCAACAAAAACCUUCCUUGCACCGUCGAAAGCACCAGAGACACUCGGUCAUUUUCAACAAGACGAGUUCGAGUUCACCAGGAACAACCCGACGGCACGUCUCGUACUUGUCUCGACGUUUUAA